GUCCCCUUCUCACGAACCCUAGGCUCCGAAGAGAGUCCCUUUGGCGGCCUAGCUCUUCUCUCAGUUUCAUCUCCCGAACAAGUAAUGGCUUCGUAGACUUCCUUUGAUUCAUGCUCUUUUCCUUUUCCAACCAUUUCAUAUAUUCACAGUGAAUGAAGCUUGUCGCUGCCUAUUUGCUUGCCGUGCUCGGUGGAAACACUAGUCCAUCUUCGGACAAUUUGAAGGAUAUCCUAGGCACAGUUGGGGCUGAAGCUGAUGAUGACAGGAUUGAGUUUCUCCUGUCUGAACUCAAGGGGAAAGACAUAACUGAACUUAUUGCUUCUGGAAGGGAAAAAUUUGCCUCGGUGCCUUCUGGUGGUGCUGCUGCUGCGGCAGUAGCAGCCCCCAUUGGUGGUGGUGCUGCUGCGGCCCCUGCGGCAGCAGAGGGCAAGAAAGAGGAGAAAGUUGAAGAGAAGGAAGAGUCAGAUGAUGACAUGGGCUUUAGUUUGUUCGAUUGAUCGGUCCAAUCAUCCAUAUCUAAUGUUUGUAGCAAACAUCGAUUACCUCCAGAUUUUGGUAGGCAAGAUUUUUGAAGCUUCUAUUUCCUACAUAAGAGUUAGGUAGUUUUUUAUUCCCUUGGAAAAAUGAGGAAACCGUUCUUUAAAUGUUUUGUACUAUUUAAGGAGGAUAUUGUUUGGAGAACUAUUCAGGGUUAUGUCUCAUUGUCGCAAGUGUCCGCUUUUUAAAUGAUAUUUCAGCACCAUUUGUACUGUGAACAAGGUUAUUCUGCAAUUUCUGAUAAUGGUUUUGUCAAUCUUAUGAUA